CGAAAGUGAAUGACUACAUAACAGCAAAGGGGAGGAAGAAACAGAGGAACUUGAAAUUUGGAGAAUGGCUGCUUCGCCGUCCUGCUCUUCUUCACCUCCUCCUACUAUCUGUAGAUCUCAGGUUAUAGCUAAUUCUUACAUCCUUUCGCGUAAAUUUGAUCAAUGGAUCCAUCCCUUUAUUCUUCUCUUGGUUUUUUUCGCCGCCUUCCCCUUCCGCGCUUCUUCCGCCAAUAUCGCCUACGCUGAUCAUUGUGGCUCCAUCGUGCCGCAAUCCACCACUUCUGAUCUUCGUGCUUCCUUUGAUAGCUCCUUUCGCCUCUCGAGUGGAUACUUUGUCGGCGGCGAUCGCCUGCUUGGCAAGGAUCCUGGCAAUGAUUUAUCCAUCCCCAGAACCUUCGCGUUCUACAGCCGAUCGGUGCUGCUCACCCAGACCCCUGGCACACUCCAUAUCGUCGGAACCCUGAUCUUUCGUGGCGGAGGCAUUCAUUUUGCUCACCGGAACUUCAGCUCCCGCGGCCGCUCGCUGCGACUUGUCCGUCCGUUGAACCCGCGAAGCUUUAACCAGCGGGGAAGGCUUAGUUUUGACCUCUCCGGCUUUUGGUCUGAAGAAACCGGCAAACUUUGCAUGGUGGGAACUGGCUCCGGGCGUUCCAAAGACGGUACCUCUGUCGACCUAUCUGUCGUCUUUAAGCUCAAAUACCCUAGUGCUGCUAAUAUUACCUCAAGCGUUGUUAGUGGAUAUCUGGACAGCUUGGAUUUGGAGAGCAGCCCAAAAUACUUUGAUCGAAUCGCGGUUAUGGCUUAUGCACAGAGGAAGUACAACUACACGAAGGUUUUCGAGGCAAGGAGUAAAUGCUCCUCACUUGAUUCUGUGGGCCAAUCGAUGGGUUUUGUUGACAGGCAUCAAUCAAUUUGCGAUGCUACUGGCGGCCUUCUGAGGACAAGGUUCAAAAUGGAGUAUAGGAGCAACUGCUCUAAUAGGAACUGCGGCCCUUCUGGGUUUCAGCGAGCAUUUCUUAAACUUACUUCGCUGGAUUGUGCUGAUGAUGGAAAAGUUCGAUUAGUUUUAUCAUUUUCUAACUAUAGUGGCCUUUCAUCUAUGAUGAUGUUGGAACCUGAAAUGGCUAUGGUUGCUGAAGGGAGUUGGGUUCCGACAAAGAAUCAGCUUUGUCUCAUAGCUUGCCGUGUCAAGACAUUCACUGAUCCUGUGGCUGAUAAUCUUGUGGAUGAUUGCUCAAUUGGCAUAACUCUGGCAUUCCCUGCAGUUCUGACAAUAGUGAGCAGGAGCAGUACUAUUGGUUCAAUAUGGAGUAACUUGAACAAAACUAGUCCUGGAUACUUUAAAUCUAUUCUUUUUCACAGUUUUGGAUACAAUAGGGACCAUGAUAAUGGUUCAAGAUACAAAUAUACACAUAUGGAUGCUGUGAAAAAAUCUUGCACAAUGGGUGAUGUUCUUAAAUCUGGGAAAAAGAAAUACCCCGAUCCAAGGAAUGUUAGAGACUUUAUGUUUUAUUUACAUAUAACAACAUCUGAGGGAAAGCUGGGGAGUGGCUUUGCAAAUCCAGUAGCUUUGGGUGAGAUAAUCUAUCACUAUCCAUCCAUUGAGAACCUUCCAUUAGUUACGAAUAAUGAGAGCAUUUGGAACAUAAGCUACAGCUUUAAACUCACCUAUCCUCAAAAUGCUUUUUUUAACAGUCUUGAUGCAGCAGAUAUAUCAGCUGAAGGAAUUUACAAUGCUAAAACAGGGAUAAUAUGUAUGGUUGGCUGCCGUUCUUCCUUGUUUGACAAACAGGGGAUUAGUCUAGAUUCCAAGGACUGCAGUAUUCUCAUAAAUUUACAGAUUCCCCCUCUUAAUCCAGAACCUGGAGAACAUCUAAAUGGUACCAUUAGAAGCACAAGAGAAAACGGGGAUCCACUCUUCUUUAAACCUUUUGAGAUCACUUCUUAUGUGAUGUACGGGGGACAAGCUGCUCAAUCAGUUUCAAGGAUGGAUAUAGAGAUCACCAUGAUCCUUAUAUCCUUAACAUUUUCUUGCAUUUUUGUAGGUUUGCAACUACUCCAUAUUAGUAAACACCCUGGCGUGCUUUCUUUCAUUUCCAUCACAAUGCUUGCAUUUCUCACAUUGGGUCAUAUGAUUGUUUUGGUGCUUAACUUUGAAGCAGUCUUGACAAAUCACAAAAAACAGAAUGUUUUACAGGGUAGUGGUGGUUGGCUUGAGGUAAAUGAGGUUGUUGUAAGAUUGAUGACAAUGGCCGCUUUCUUAUUACAUGUCCGCUUGCUUCAAGUUGCAUGGUCUGCAAGAUCAGCAAAUGAAAGCAAAAACAGUUUGUGGCUUGCUGAGAUAAAAGCCUUCCAAGUAUGCCUGUUUAUAUAUAUUGCUGGAGGUUUGAUUGCUUGGUUGGUUAACCUGAAAUCUCAGAAAACUUUCCAUCAAGUGCCACAUAUGGCUGUUGAAACUCAUCAUUCUCACUGGGAGGAUAUGCAAUUUUUUGCUGGGUUGAUACUUGAUGGUUUUUUAUUUCCUCAAGUUAUUCUUAAUGCACUAUGUAAUUCCAAAGAAACUUCCCUUACCCCUUCCUUUUAUGUUGGAACUACAAUUCUUAGGACACUUCCUCAUGUGUAUGAUGCUUACCGAUCAAGACACUACAUUCCUCAUUUUGAUUCAUCUUACAUCUAUGCUAGGCCCAACGGUGACCUAUAUUCUCUUGCAUGGGAUAUAAUUAUUCCGUGUGGAGGAGUUUUGUUAGCUGUUGUUAUAUACAUUCAGCAGCGAUUUGGUGGGGCUUCUAUCUUUUGCCGAAGAGUUAAUAGCCCUGGAUUGUAUGAAUUGGUUCCCGUGGCUAGCAGGUAACAUUUUCCCCAGAAAGAAGCCCGUUUACGUAUCUUACAGGAGAACAUUGCUUGAUCGGAAUCAUGGUAAGUUAUUCUUUUCUUACUCUAUAGCUUUUUCACGUUCUUAGAAGUUGUUAAAGUAUGUUAAGCAAUGUAUAUUGUUGAAACUUUUAUGAUUCCUAAAGGAGUUUGGUUCAGGCUUGUGGUCACACUGCUCGUGUACAAAGUGAGACUUGAGAAACUGCUUAAUUCUUUUCACAAUGUGUUCUAAAGGUCAGCAUUAUCAAAAUGCAUGCUUUUAAAGCUGUUUGCACCUAUUUGUUAUCAUAUGAUGUGGGUGCUUGCACACUCAACUCAUUAAAUUCGAAUAAUUGCCACUUUUCUUAAUCUUGCUUGCUUACUUGAGACUGA